AUGAGAUCAAAUCACAAAUCUAUCUUGGAAUCGAGAUCUAUCGGUGAAACAAUGGAGAUCUUCUACUUCGUGGUGUUCGGUGGCCUCGCCGCGAUCGUCGCCGGCUUGGAGCUCAGCAAAUCCAACAAAGACCGCAUUAACACCUCCUCCGCCUUCAACUCCUUCAAGAACAACUAUCUCCUCGUUUACUCCCUCAUGAUGGUCCCAUUGAUUGAGCAAAACAAUGUCUCUCUCUCUCUCCCGGCGGCUUUAGCUGGGGAUUGGUUGCAGGGUCCGUAUGUGUACUAUCUCUACAGUACGUAUGGCUUCGGAAAGGGAGAGAUCGGUCAGCUCUUUAUUGCUGGUUUCGGAUCUUCAAUGCUCUUUGGGACGAUUGUUGGAUCGCUUGCCGACAAACAGGGUCGGAAGAGAGCUUCUAUCACCUACUGCAUUACCUAUAUUCUCAGCUGCAUCACCAAACAUUCUCCCCAGUACAAAGUUUUGAUGGUGGGUCGUGUUCUGGGUGGUAUCGCAACUUCUCUGCUCUUUUCUGCCUUCGAGUCUUGGCUAGUUGCUGAGCACAACAAGAGAGGGUUCGAGCAGCAAUGGCUAUCAGUCACAUUCUCCAAAGCCAUUUUCCUUGGGAAUGGAUUAGUGGCCAUCAUAGCUGGACUCUUUGGCAACUACCUUGUGGAUUCUCUGUCCCUGGGCCCUGUUGCUCCAUUCGAUGCUGCAGCUUGCUUUCUUGCUAUUGGUAUGGCCGUCAUUAUAUCAUCGUGGUCCGAAAACUAUGGAGAUCCAUCCGAAAACAAAGACCUUCUUACCCAGUUCAAGAACGCUGCGUCUGCCAUUGCUUCUGGUGAACCUCUUACCUUGUCUGAUGAGAAAAUUGCAUUGCUCGGUGCUAUACAGUCUCUGUUUGAAGGGUCCAUGUACACCUUUGUAUUUCUCUGGACCCCUGCCUUAAGCCCCAAUGAUGAGGACAUUCCACAUGGUUUCAUAUUUGCAACAUUCAUGCUGGCUUCGAUGCUUGGUAGCUCCAUUGCAUCUCGUUUGUUGGCACACUCGUCUCCAAAAGUAGAGAGCUAUAUGCAGAUCGUAUUUGUGAUAUCUUCUGCAGCUCUAAUGCUUCCUGUUGUAACAAGCUUCUUGGUGGCGCCCUCAGGUGUAAAAGGUGGAAGCAUAUCAUUCUCUGGUUGCAUUCAGCUAAUAGGUUUCUGCACAUUUGAAGCGUGUGUAGGAAUCUUCUGGCCAUCUAUAAUGAAGAUGAGAUCCCAAUACAUUCCAGAGGAAGCCAGAAGCACUAUCAUGAAUUUUUUCCGCAUCCCACUCAACAUCUUUGUCUGCCUUGUGUUGUACAAUGUGAGUUUUCGACUUCUCAUUUUAUCCAGGCUUCUUCAAGACGGCAGUGUUGAUGCGUUUCCGAUGACCGUGAUGUUUGGGAUGUGCUCUGUAUUCCUUUUUGUGGCCUCUAUAUUGCAGAGGAGAUUGAUGAAUGUAGCCGAGGUCCACAAGUCAAGAUCGCAAGAGUGGUCAGCAGCAAAGGAGAUGACCUCGGAAGCUGACCCUCUAAACCCAUAA